AUGUAUCCAGACAAUCAAGCCGGUCAAGCGAUUCCAAAUUCGGCUUCGAUUGAUGGAACAAGUCAACUAUAUAAUAUCUAUAGUUCAGAUGGCUAUGUUGAUUCACAUUUUCCCCUAUGGAGCCAACUAUUUCUUGAAGUAAAGCUUCCGAUUGAAGUAGUUUACCCAUUUAUGCUAGUAUUCUUUAUUCAAACACUUAGUGUCUCACUAUACAUAUGGACUGACUACUGGCAGCAAGAACAAAACUAUGAAGUUCAAAAGUGGGUAAGGACUAUUAUGUUUUGGCGUCCAAUUCCUAAUAAGGAUUACUAUUGUCUGAUUCUUGCCGCAAUUUUUUUCUUUAUUAAUAUAGCAUUUUUAAUUAUAGACACAAUACAAAUGUCAUACUACAGAAUCCAAAGAAAAUUCAUAUCGGCACUAAUAUAUCCAUUACGAAUUUACUUCGAUACAUUCUUGGUUACAUUCAUUGUUCCAAAUCUCGUUAAUUUAGGAGAAUCAUUUGCGAUGAUUGCAAAUGGAAACCACUCUGUAGCAAUCGUUUUUGCGUUUAUUUUAUCAAUUGCUAAUGAAAUUUACAUUUAUAGUUCAGUUAAAUUCAUUCAGUCCUUUGCAGCUAUCUCAGUCAACAUUAACGUUUCACCACUACUUAACUUCGACUCUACUUUCAUAACAAGAGUAAUGGACUGCCUACAUGUUUCAAUUUUAAUGUUCUUUCUGGUUAAUUUAUUCGAAAAAUGGUCAUAUAUUGUUGAUAUAAUAAUUCAUGUCCUAUGGUCACUAUAUUCACUCAUUUAUCUAAUUAAAAAUAUGAUAUUUGUUGAUCCAUUUAUAAAUGGAUCAUCACUUGGCCUUUUUCUUUCAUGUUUCGUUGCAGAUUUCUCAAGUAUUGCACUUUACUUCUAUAAAGACAGCCGUUGGUACGUUGUUAUAGGCGCGAUUUUAGUCUCAUUUGGAAUUUUUAUUCUUGCAUCAAUAUUAUUUGUUUACAUCCGCCUUAAACGGAUAAAACAAGAUCUAAAGGCAGUUUAUCUCAAUCAAGACGAGUAUAAUUAUUACUAUGACGAAUUAAAUUUGAAAUAUGAUGAAGAAAGAGCACUUAUGUACUUAAGAAUAGGGUUCACUUACAAUUGUCCAUGCUUUUAUAACUGGUCUUUAGUAAAUUACAUUGAAGAAAAUUUCGAUUCAGAAAAAGCCAUCAGUUUAUGCUUAUUUUUUGCCAAUUUCUUUCCAAAAGAGUUCCGAUUACAGAACAGGCUCGAAUCGAGGCUUCUUAAAAGCAGAAAGUUACAUUAUUUGACAAGAUUUCUUUUAUAUCAGGUUGAAACCGUCAAAUCAGUCAGGCAAUCAUCGGACAACACAAAUGCACAUUUAAAACUCCUUGAAAUAAGAAACCAGUCAAGACAAUGCGAAAUGAUGACAAUAGAAGGUUUAGACGAUACAAAACUUGACAAAACUUAUUUUGAAAGCCUUAGUACAAAAUGUUCCAGAACAAAAGCAAUGUGGAGAGAAGCUUUAAUUAAUUUCCCGAACAAUCCUAGAUUCUGCGAAGAAUAUUGCCGAUAUUUGGUCGAAGCAGAAUGCAAUUUCCCAGAAGCGAUAAAAGUAAAGAACAGACAAUCAAACAUCGAACUUGGACACACUUACUCAAUAGAUCAUUGCUUCAGGAGUAUGGUUGCUGCAUUUCCUAACUACUUGAUUGAAAAAAUUGUUGAUUUUGAAGGAAGAAUCAUAAGAGAUGAUCAAACAAUUGAGAAUGAUUCUUCAAGAGGCUCAUUCAGAGAUUCAUCCAAUAAUGACAACGAAUACGGUUCUGUAGAGACCGAUUUAGAUAAUGAACUCGAAGAAUAUAUUGCCAAAAACACAAUAAGAAAGUCAAGGGCCAGAUUAGCUUUACAUAGACUCCUUGAGACCAAAUUACCUUUUUCAAUUCGUUUUAUCAAAACAUUAUCCAUUCUUUUGAGUCUUUUUAUUGUUGUUUUGUUCUUGUUUGGCUUUAUUUUCUCAUCAGUUAAUGUCAGACACAACGUGAAGAACAUGAACCAGCUUGAUUAUAUUGCUAAUGCAAGAUAUUACUCAGCAUUGUCAAGUAUUUCGAUCAUGGCUGAAUACAUGAGAUUGAAUGGAUUAUUUGACAAAUAUCUGAAUGGUGUUGAGCAAAUUAUUCAGGAUUUACCUGAUAAAGUCACUCCUGCAGUGAAUUUUUCUGGUGAAUUGCAACAGCCGAUGCUUUAUUUCAUGCAUUAUGCAGCAGAAAACUUCACUGCAUUAAUGAAAAUGUUAUCAAAAGAAGCUAAUGUUGAUACUAGCAUUUAUCCUUAUCUACAGCCACUUUUCAUUAAUAAUCUUGAUUGCUACAUUUAUUAUUUAGAUACUGCAACAUAUUCAGCAGGGAGUUCUCAAUUUGUUGCUGCUUUACCAAAUAUUUUUGCCCAAAUGUUCAUAUAUCAAAGAUAUUUGGCAGGUGUCAGUGAAGAAAAAAUGGCAACACUUUCUUAUGAUCCUGAUGCAUUCGAAAUUGCAAAUAAUUUCGAAUCUUUAUAUAAGGGCUCUGUUUUCUUGUUUACUAAUCUUUCUGAAUUUCAACAAAACAAAGUUUCUAAUCUUCAAGUAACAUUUAAGAAUUUUGCCAAAUCAUUUCCCAUCAUAACUUUUGUUGUUAUGUAUUUUCCGCCACUUAUUUUGCAUCUCUUCACUCUAAGAAGUGAAAGGAAUUUGAGGGAAAUCUUGAGAUCCAUUGAUUCAACAGAAAAGGCAAAUGCAGCUGACGCAAUUUUAAUAAAUAAGAAAGAAGAUGAAAUUAAAUUCGCCGAUAAUUCAAACAGCAGUGGUUUAAGAAUUUAUUUGUUGCUGAUUUUGAAUUUUUUGGGAAUUUGUUAUGUUUUGAUAGUUUUGGGAGGCUGCUUUAUAAUGAUCAAUGUUUUACAGGAUUUAAUAAAACUGAAUGGAUGGAAUGACUUUGCCUGCAGAAGAAUGGCACUUUCAGCCGAAUCUCUAAAUACAUUAAUCAUAUCAAUAGUUUUGAAGGAUAUUCAUGGAACUUUUCCAAAGACUUUGACACAACAUUUUAUCAAUUUGGCAUCAAAUGUUUUGGAUAGUUUGUACGAGGCUGAUCAAAAUUUAGUAUCAGGAACAAAUACUACAGAACCUUGCAUAGAUUUUGACGAAGAAUUAGAUAGUUAUAAUAUAUACGAUGGUCAUUUACAAAAUGACACAAAUAAACCGUAUAAAUAUUACUACAAUGCUUCGUUGCAUCAACAAAUCGGUAUCUAUAAGAGUUAUGCAUCACAAAUAUUGAUGGAUGCCGAGUCAGAUAAUAACAAUAUUACAAUAUCUGAUGCAAUUAAUGCAUUGUUUAUAUCAGAUUAUGUAAUGUUUGACAGACUUUUAGUAGUAACACAAAGAUUCCUUGAUCUUUGCCAGAAACAAGUCACAAAGAUGGAUAUUUGGUUCGUAAUGAUAGAAUUACUCGCUCUGUUAGUAAUGAUUUGCUUCUUACUAACCGAAUUCUAUUAUUAUCAUAAUAGAGUCAAAUCAUUCAAUGGUGGCUUGUCAAUUUUGAAGAGAAUUAAUCCAUAUACAUUGCUGAAUAACAAGAAUUUCUCAAAGAUGUUCCUUAACGAUGAAACAGACAGUCCGAUUGAAAAACUUUCUCUUGAAGGAUUGAUAAUUAAAGGUGCAAAUGAUGCAAUUUUCGGAACUAAUGUUUACGGAAUUGUUGAAGUUGCAAAUAACUCUGUUACUUCUUUACUUGGAUACACUCCUGAACAGAUUUUAGGUCAAAAUGUUACUUCUGUAUUUGCUCCGGAAUAUAUCGAGCAAAUCAACGCAAAACUUGAUCAGAUGAGAAACAGACAAUCAUCAUCUUUCUUCGAAGGAGAUUUUUGCGUUAUUUCUGAUGCUUCUAAAACAAUUCCUGUUCAUUUAUCAAUUAUAGGAAUGAAAAAUGGAUACAAUGAUAAUGUGAACAACUUUGUUUUAGUUCUUAGAAAUGAUGAAAAGCUUGUAAUGCAGAUGAAACAAGCAGAAGAUGAAAAGAAGAAAUCCGAAAAACUUUUAUAUCAGAUUCUUCCAAGAGAUAUCGUUAACCAAAUUAAUAGAGGAGAAAAUGAUAUUUCUUUCAAUGUAAGUACCUGCUCAAUCAUUUUCAUUGAUAUAAACAAGUUCUCGGAAUACGCAGCAAAUUUGACUCCUUCAAUGAUCAUGACAAAUUUGUCUUUCUAUUUCUCUGUGCUUGACAAAACAGCCGCCAAAUAUCCUUUAUUGACAAAAAUCAAGUUGAUCGGAGAUAUUUACAUGGGAGCAAGUGGAUUGUUUCCAACAGAAGAUAUGACAAACGAAAGUCAUGCAGAGCAGACAUGUUUAUUUGCACUCGAUGUUAUGUAUCAAAUGGAUGAAAUCAACAAAAGACUUGAUACAAGCUUGGGAAUUAGAGUUGGAAUAAACACAGGAGGUCCAAUAAUUGCCGGCGUUUUGGGAACUGAUAAACCAUUGUUCGAUAUAAUUGGAGAUCCUAUUAAUGUAGCUUCAAGACUCCAAUCAACUUCAGCUGUAAACCAUAUCCAUGUUAGCAAGGAAACAGCUGAGUUAGUUAAAAGCAUGAACUUUGACGUAAUUCCAAGAGGACAAACAGCUUUGAAAGGAAAAGGUACCCAGCAGACUUUCUAUAUUUCUGCUCCACAUUACCACUUUAACAGUUCAUCAGGCAGUUAUAUAAUGACAAAGUAA